CGCGAUUGCUCUCGUCGAGUGUACAGGCAUUCGCGGACGGUGUCGUUUCUUGUAUCGUGACACGCUGCUACGUGUGUUGUCCCGCGUUCCUCUUCCACCUAUGCCUAUCUCUCUUUCACUCGGUACCUUCCUCCAAGCCUCUUCGUCUUCUUCUUCGCCUUCUCUUGUUCACUUUUGGUGGUAAUCUUGUGUAGAGGAGCGCGCGCGCGCGCGUGAUCGCGGUGCUUGCAGUGUUCUUAGUCUGUGAUAGUCGUCUGGCGGCAAUUUCGUUUGUAGGAGUGGAAAUCGUGGCCGGGGGCGUUCGCGUAAUCGACGAGAAAAGUGGGCUCGAUUAUUUUUCGUAAGUAAGCUUUCGUCGCGCGGACUAUGCGGGAACGCGGCGAUCCGGUUGGAAAGCAGCAGCGUGCUCAGGCGGGCUUAGCGUUCGGCUCGGCAAGCGGCGACUGAGAGAUCAACGGGCAACACGGGAUGCUAAGCUUCCCGCGGGGAAUCGGUGGCAAGCGUUGCCCGAAGGAGGAGAAGAAGGCCGGCAGGAUGGGCGGCGGGAGACGAGGAGCGUUGGUCCGCGACGUAGGUGCGCACCGCGACGCCGACGACGUGACGGCCACGUGCCCCCGCGGAUCCCUAGCUGACCGCUGCCAUUAACUACCGCUGCUUAGCUCUUAGUUACUCGCCCGUAGAAUAGUUUAGUCGAGCGAAACGAGCAACCGUGAUCGUCGAUAUUUCGCGUUCAGCGUCAUUGUGCGGGAAAAAAACAGGCUGACCAAAGUGUGUGAUUCCAUGGUAAACGGAGUUUUCCAGUGCGUCGACGAUAUAUUGCUUGAAAUAGUGCACCGUGUCUCUCGACGAGGAUACGCGUCGUUUCCGCGCAGAUUUCAUAGAUGUUGAAGUUUCGGUGGUGGAACCGCACAUAGGUGAUUAGAUAGACGCGAACAGGUGGCACGCGUUACCGUGCCGUUUCUCGAUUCAGAAUCGAAGGAAUCGAAAGAGUGUACCCUGGUGUGGGUGGGCUGCGAUAAAAAUACAAGACAAAACGAAUCCUGCCAGUGAAAGAAAAGUACACCGGCGUUCAACGAUGGACUCGUCCGAGGAAUGUUGAUUCGAAGUGUUGCUAGUAGGAGUAUAUCGAGAAACUUGAAACGAGGUGGCCGUCCCUUCCGUCCGAAGCGCCUGUACCAAGGGCACGUGGUUGCUCGAGUUCACGUCAGGAAAAGUAUACGCGCGAAGUGCAGUGAUUUAUCGACCACGGUGAACCUCCGCUCGCAGUGAUUACUCAGAGUGAUCGAUGAGUUUCUAAAUAAGAUUGGUAUUCGAUCGUUGAUCGUGUACACGAGUCGUCGAGCGUCGAUCAAUUUGAAGAAAAGGAAUUGAAAGGGGGGAAAAAAAAAGGAUUCGGUGGCAGCGCGCCUAAAUCUCUGAGCGGGACUAUCAGCGAAGGAGAAGUUGCACGGCAUCGAGUAGUAGAGAAGAGAUUCCCGCGCUCGUAGCCUCAGUCAUCAAGCCGGCGGGAGUUCGAGGAGAGGGUGAACGGCGUCGUGGAGGGGGGAGUGAUGCCGGUAAGGGUGGCACAGCGCCCCCCAGGUGGAAUACCACUGCACGCCGGCGUGCCGGUAGCGCCCAGCAGCGUAACCGCCCCCGGUCCGUCGGGCCGGUGCCUCGGGGGCCCGGCAGCGCCCCCCGCCGGCUCGCCGCCGCUGCCGCCCUCCUUGCAAUCUCUCGGCGGCGGUGUGAGCAACGCCACCAACACCGCUGGCUCCGCCACCAACGGCAACAGCAACAACAACAACAACAACAACAACACUGGUCAGGGUAUCAACAGCAGCGGACUAGGUGUCAACACGACGAACGGCGCCACGAAUCCUUUGCAGGCGAUGGCGUCGGCGGCGGCUUCGCUGACGCAGCUAAACAAUAUGGCGAAUGGCCCGCUGCCGCCACUAGCGGCCUCAGGACCUACCGGACCGCCUAGUUUACCGCCACCGCAACCGGCUACCACGCCGACCCACGGGGGUCCACCGACGCCUCACGGCGGUGUCACUGGUGGGCCCCAUUUGAACGGAGCCUCUCCGAGUCCUCACCCUAUGCCACCUCACGGUAUGAUGACCGGUUCCCCUCACGCGCCUCAUCCGCACAUGGGCGGUGGUGGACCGUCGCCGCAUCCUCAUCAUCCUGGUCCUCACAUGGUUGGCUCGCCCCAUCAUCCUGGACCGCAUCCCAUGGGUCCAGCCGCAGGCAUGAUGGGCCCGGCUAGUAUGCAGCCGCAAGGUGCACCCGGGAUGUGCGGUCCGGGACCAACCGGCCCGAUGGGCCCGCAUGCUCAUCCCCAAGGACCCGGUGUACCCGGACAACCGCAUAUGCACAACGACCCUUUUUAUUGCUCGCCAUUUGGAUCGCACUACUUCAGAUCGUUGCCUGUCCCCAGGAGGCACACUCCGUACUUUGGCCAACCGGACUACAGGCUCUACGAGUUGAACAAGAGGUUACAGCAGCGCACCGAGGAGAGCGAUAAUCUCUGGUGGGACGCAUUCGCGACCGAAUUCUUCGAGGACGACGCAACCUUAACCCUCUCGUUUUGCUUGGAGGAUGGUCCCAAGAGAUACACGAUAGGUAGGACGUUAAUACCUAGGUACUUCCGCUCGAUAUUCGAGGGCGGAGUGACGGAACUUUACUACAAUUUGAAGCACCCCAAGGAGUCAUUUCAUAAUACAAGCAUAACCCUCGACUGUGAUCACUGCGUAAUGGUCACGCAUCACGGAAAACCGAUGUUCACGAAGGUAUGCACGGAGGGUAGAUUAAUAUUGGAAUUCACGUUUGACGACCUUAUGAGGAUAAAGUCGUGGCAUAUGGCUGUGAGGACGCACAAGGAGCUGGUGCCUAGGUCUGUGGUCGGUAUGCAACAGGACCCGACGAUGCUCGAACAGCUUAGCAAAAACAUUACCAGGCAGGGCAUCACCAAUUCUACCCUGAACUACCUUAGGUUAUGCGUGAUCUUGGAACCGAUGCAGGAGCUAAUGUCGAGGCACAAGGCGUACGCGUUGUCACCACGGGAUUGCUUGAAGACGACCUUGUUCCAGAAAUGGCAGAGGAUGAUUGCCCCGCCGGGUAAGAGAGAAUCGCAGAGGCCGGCUAGUAAACGAAGAAAGCGAAAGGGUAGCACCUCGGGGCCGGGCAACAACGCGCCUCCGGCACCUAGCAAGAAGAGAUCACCCGGUCCAAAUUUUUCCCUAGCGUCUCAGGACGUGAUGGUGGUGGGUGAACCAUCCCUGAUGGGUGGCGACUUCGGCGACGAGGACGAGCGGUUGAUUACAAGGCUGGAGAACACGCAGUACGACGCGGCGAACAGCCUGGACCCUCACAGUCACGACACUCAGGGUGGACCGCCACCUCAUCCCCACCAGUUCCAUUCGGAACCAACACCGGGCAACUCUUGGCCGCCAGACCGUGGUCCCGGCCCGCCACAGGGAGGACCUGGUAGUCAGGGAGUACAAGGCGGGCAAGGCGGUGCAGCGACGGGUGUACAGGGGUCUCAGGAUGCCAGUCAACAGCAACAAGACAAGAAGAGCCCUGCGGUGAGCCAGUGAGGCCAGGAGUCCCCGCGCCCCCCUACCAGGGGGCGACGGGGGCGCAGGCCCAAGAACAUGGCUCCCUAGCGGGGCGAGAACCCCAACCUCCCCGGCGCGUACCUGGCCUCGUCCGGUUGUUCGGCCGGCAGACUGUCGCACGUCGGUGUACACCCGUUG